AUGCCAGCAUUACCGUAUUUAUCCAUUUCCUCCAUUUGUUUACCGCGCCUUAUGAUCGCACACAGUGAUUUCCUACACACAGUUGGUGAGGCCCUACUGAUUCAGCUAUGUAUGAAGAAAUUUUCGAUGGACAGCUUAGAGAGUGCUCCUGUUAUUCCAAAUUUAAGUCUGCCAGAAAACAUCAGAAACACACACAUUAAAACAAGAGAACCUCUAUUUUGGAAGGUUGUUCAAGAAAUUGUGAAUGAAAUAUUCAUGGAAUUUCAUAACCCAGGAUGUUUACCUCCAGUGCAGUUGGAAUUUGGUGGUAGUUCUGUGAUAAUUCCCAGAGAACAACUGUGCAAAAAUGGCUAUGUUGAUGUGAAAAUGCCAUCUGGGGAAGUUUUUAGAGUAUUUAAUUCACAUGAAACCACAGAUGACAUACAGAACUACUCUUUACAAUUACUGAUGUGGUAUAUCCAUUUUUGUGAAUUUCAGGAUGGCAUACGAGAAGGAGACCCUUUCAGGACCAACAUUAACUUAAAAAGAAUGAUUCCCUUCUUUUACAGUCAUUCAGAUCGAUCCAAAUAUGCAGUUGAGUGCAUAGAUUAUAUCCUCAAAACAGAAGUUCUAUUACCACAGCACACAGCUAUGAGAGUGAGACUCGGUAGUUUUGUUAACCCACAUGGAAAGAAAGGAGGAAAUAAGCCAGCUGACAUGCAACAAGAAAAUAACAUUCUUGUUCUCAAAGAUGUUAUAAAAGGUUUAGGAGCUAACAAAACAAAAAAAGCCAUGGAACGUGCAUCUGCAGCAGCUCCUGUUGUGGCAGAAACUGUAGAAAAUUAUAUGAACAAUAUUGGGUGUGUAUCAAGGAGUGGAAAACACAAUACAAAAGACAAUUUGGAAGACGUGACACUUCUAGUCCAACUUUUAAGUCGAUUAGACCCAUUUAGUGUGAUUGAUAACCGCAAGAUGAAUUUUUACAGUGGUUUCAGGAAAAAUCCAUUCUCAGCUAUAUCUUCAGAUUUUAACUCCCAUCUUUUCAAAAUAGUUGAGCGCUUGAAAAGAUGUCAGAACAUUGACCUUGAAUACUACAACCAGUAACAAUCAACAAUAGGUAUGGGGAUGAGAAGGGAGUUGGGGGGGGGGGGUAAAUUGUGUCUGAUUGCAGUGUAUGAUUGCUGUUUGUAUUAUGUCAAAAUAAUGUUAUAUGUUUGGAUGUUUCAUGUAUUUUAGCUCACUUGAGCUAAAGUCUCAAGUGUCACAGCUUUUCUUAUCAAAAUUGUUAGUUGAAAUCAUUAUCUUAAUGUUUUCCUAUUUUUAUCACUUUAGAAUAAUUCUGCCGAUUUCAACCGCCAUAAGGUAUCUUUUGGACUACACACUUUUUAAGGGGAGAUAAUUUAAAACUAGUGAAUUUUAAUAGCAUCUUUUAAACAUCUUUUUCUCAGGAACCGCUAAGAUAGAAAAAAAAAAUGAAACUCAUGUAGAAGCUUCAUUUAUAGUGUAGAUUCAAGUCAUGUUCAUGUCAUGACCUGCAGGGUAAGGUGGGGCCAUGAAGGGCAAUCAGUGUAGCAUAGAAAUAUAUAGGAAGAAUCUUAAGAAAUUGGAAAAGCAAUGAUUAGUCAUAUUUAUGGGAAAACAUCCUCAAAUAUUGUUGAUUCAAGUUUAUAGGAAAAAUCUUUUAAAUUUUUCUCAAGGCUAGCAAAGCCAUGAUAAGUGAAUUUUACUGUCAAGAGUGUUUUAUUAGUGUAGAUUCAAGUUUGUUCAAAUGACCCUCAAAGGUAGAAUGGCAAUGGCCCACGCUGUUAUCAAAACUUUACAUGUGAAAACACAAUAGGGCCAUGUGAUUGAGGAGAGAAAUGUGGCCAGUGGGCCUCUUUGUUAUAUGUAUUUAAUUGAAGAUAAUAUGUAGUAAAAGAAUAUAUUUCAACUGAAACUUCAUAACAAAUGUGCGCCAGUAGUUGAAUUCUUUUCAUGUAUUAAAAAUCAUAUAAAAAUCAAAUGUUUCAUUUUUACAUCUGACACUAAGUC